UUUAGCAGCUUUGGUGCAAGAAUCCCGAAAGAAGAAAGACACAACUUUCUCUUUCAAACUGAUGAAAACGGAGCGAAGCGAACCCAUCACAUCUUUGAUUUAUAUCAUAUGGCAGCCAACGACAGUCAUCACCGCUCCACCUGAGCUCUGCAACUCACUUUGAAGGCGGAUUUCCCCCCUCCCUCUCUUCUUCUCCUUGCUGCAGAAGUUUUCUCACAGCCAGAUCCCUGUCAGGUUCUGAAGGAGCGGGCUUAAUUCCAAUUCAUUAAAGCUCCUUUGCCAGCUCACAUUGUAGACGGAGAAGUGUCUGUCUGUGCUGGCACGCAACUUUUUCCACCCCAUCCCACUUGAGUUGGAGAGGAUCACCGUCUUCACUGUCACCAGCGUUUCCGAGGAUGAGGCGUGUAUCCCUGCACUGGCUGAGGGGUGUGUCCCUGCUCCUGCUGCUCCAGGCAGCCACUUCCAUGGUGAUGCUUCCUAACUCCACGGGCUGGCAGCAGAUUCUGGACAAGUACAUGGAUGAACACGGGGAGUGGUGGGAAGCCAAGCAGAGGGGGAAGAGGGCCAUUACUGACAGUGACGCGCAGCUCAUCCUGGACCUUCACAACAAGCUCAGAGGCCAGGUCUACCCCCCUGCUUCCAACAUGGAGUACAUGGUGUGGGACACGGAGUUGGAGCGUACAGCGGAAGAGUGGGCUGAGACCUGUUUGUGGGAGCAUGGUCCUGCUGGAUUACUGCCACAGAUAGGACAGAACCUGGGAGCGCACUGGGGAAGGUAUCGUCCACCCACGUUCCAUGUGCAGGCCUGGUAUGAUGAAGUGAAGGACUACUCAUUCCCUUACCCACAGGAGUGUAAUCCCUACUGCCCCUUCAGAUGCUCUGGCCCAGUUUGUACUCAUUACACACAGCUGGUCUGGGCAACCAGCAGCCGGAUUGGCUGUGCCAUCAACUUGUGUUACAACAUGAAUGUGUGGGGACAGAUUUGGGCCAAAGCUGUCUAUCUUGUCUGCAACUACUCACCAAAAGGAAACUGGUGGGGCCAUGCUCCUUACAAACAUGGCACCCCAUGCUCUGCCUGCCCCCCCAGCUAUGGAGGUGGCUGCAAGGACAACCUCUGCUACAAAGAUGACAGUUCCUAUCCACCACAAGAAGAAACGGAAGAAAACAACUUCAUCGAGCCAGAGGCCCCCCGUACUCCGCAGAAGCCCCGGCCUCGGGCCCCCAAACCUGAGCCUCCCAGCCUCCCUGCCCCAGCUCCCACCAAGCCCCCCACAGAGGACCUGCAGAAGAAUGAAGUGGUCAACACACAGCAGAUGUCUCAGCUUGUGACUUGUGACACUAAACUUCGAGAUCAGUGUAAAGGAACACCGUGUAACAGAUAUGAGUGUCCUGCUGGGUGCCUAGAUGCUACAGGAAAAGUAGUUGGGACAGUAUACUAUGAAAUGCAAUCCAGUGUGUGCAGAGCUGGUCUACAUGCUGGUGUCAUAGAUAAUGAUGGAGGAUGGAUGGAUGUAACAAGACAAGGCAGAAAGGAGUUUUUCAUCAAAUCCAAUAAGAAUGGAGUCCAGUCUUUAGGAAAAUAUCAAAGUGCUAACUCCUUCACAGUUUCCAGAGUGACAGUCAAAGCCAUCACAUGUGAGGCCACGGUUGCACAGCUGUGUCCUUACCAAAAGCCCGCAAAACACUGUCCAAGGUUAUACUGCCCUAGAAGCUGUUUAGAGGAGAACCCUCACAUAUCCAGAGUCAUUGGCACCAGAGUAUACUCUGAUAAGUCUAGUAUAUGCCGGGCAGCAGUCCAUGCUGGAGUCAUCAGGAACAAUGUGGGUGGUUACAUUGAUGUGAUGCCAGUGGACAAGCGGAAACACUACAUUGCCUCAUACCAAAAUGGCAUUUUCUCAGAGAGCCUUCAAAACCCUCCCGGAGGGAAGGCGUUCCGGGUGUUCGCUGUGAUUUGAGUGCCCCAGAGAGCAGCUUCACCAAACAGAAAGUGCACUUGGGUUGGUGAAUAGGUGGUAAUCAAGCCCUGUUGUCAAAACUCAAUGAGUGAAAUGUUUCUGGCUUUGCUACACUCCAGGGGUUAGGGGUCGUCUCCAUGACAGUAUAAACCCAGCAACAAAAACUUGACACGUACACAAUAAGAACCUGUUUCAACUCCCUUGCAUGGAGUUCUAUUUCUGUCAUCCCUAGCAGGAAAUGUUGUCAAUUGUAAAUAUCUCUGAAUGGUUUGCUACCGUAAUAUUUUGUUGUACAUAUUUGUUAAUAGUAUUACAUUUUUUGUCUUUGUGCCAUUUUCUUGCCUUUUUAACAAAUAGCUCUGUAUGAAUAUUGAUUAUACAAAUCCUAUGAUAUAACAUUACAAUGGCACUUAAGGAUGAAUAUCAUUUUAUUGUCUGGCACAUUUUUACUGGUGCUUUGGAGAGGUGUCUUGUCAUAUUUUGUACUUUUUUAAUGACUGGAGAACAGAUUGUUAUACAUUUAUUUUUAUAUGAUUAUGCUUUACAUCAAUAUGAUUUAUAAAGGAUGCUGCUAUAUGUUCUUAUCUUUUCGUGUAUUGUAAUUGCCGGAACAGGUUUUUUUUUUUUUUUUCACAGCUAAAGUGCUUUAGUUAAAACUCCCUGCAGGUCAGGAAGUACACUCAUCCCUCAGAGUUGUCAUUUCUCCAAACAAAACCUAUGUGUACCUGACUUCAUCAUAAAUUGUAUUUUACUGGAUGCCGCUGCCCCAAAGUUGUUUUCAGGUCAUAUCUAUUCAUCUCCUUUUGACACUCAUACACAGAAACAAUAUUAUGCAACAGUUGUAUUUCAUGCAAUGUGUUGGGGAGUGGUGAUUGUAAAUCUACACAUAUACCUGCUCAUAUAUAUAUAUAUAUAUAUAUUUUUUACCAGCUCUCAGCUUUCUUUCAAGCUGCAUUCUCUAUAAUGGGCAAUUAAUUGUAUUGCUGUCUGUUUCUUUGUGCAUUAUAUAUAUUUUCCUACCUCAGGUUGUUAGGAAAAGUUCAUUUUGCAAUAAAAUAUUACA